AUGUUCUAUCGUACAUCAUCGAGGGAAGUCAAACGGUUAGAUUCUAUGCUGCGAUCUCUCCUUUACUCUCACUUCUCAGAGUCCUUAUCCGGAAUCGCUACGAUCCGAGCAUAUGGGGAAACGGAUCGCUUCGUCAAAGAAAAUGCAUAUUACAUGGAUCUCGAAGACCGUGCAUAUCUAUUGAGCGCUACCAACCAAAGGUGGUUAUCAAUACGACUGGACUUCCUGGGCGCGUGUCUGGUCUUCGCAGUCGCGAUAAUGUCGGCAAAGGGAGGUGGUGGAUUGACACCUUCUCAAAUCGCACUCUGUCUGACCUACCUCACGUCAAUUACUCAAGUAUUAGGAAUGGUUACCAGGCAAUCUGCCGAGGUAGAGAACAAUAUGAAUGCCGUGGAAAGAGUCCUGUGGUAUGCAGACACGACAUCUGUUCCACAAGAGGCUGCACAUGGAAUACAUGAGACAACGCCAGCGGACUCAUGGCCUCAAGCAGGUGCGAUCGAUUUUGAAAAUGUCGUGAUGUCUUAUCGACCUGGGCUGCCACCUGUACUUAAAGGACUAUCGCUUUGCGUGCGAGCUGGAGAAAAGAUAGGUAUAAUUGGCCGAACAGGCGCAGGAAAGACAUCGAUCACGAUGGCCUUAUUUCGGCUAGUAGAAAUGUCUUCAGGAAGUAUCAAGAUUGAUGGUGUGGAUAUAUCCAAGCUUGGGUUAAAUGUCUUAAGAUCUCGGAUUGCUAUCAUACCUCAAGAGCCGAUCUUAUUCAGCGGAACAAUACGUACCAAUUUAGAUCCGUUCAAUCUGUACGAUGAUGCCGUUCUAUACGAUGCUCUUUCGCGUUCAUGCGUGAUUGGAGAUAAAACCUCUGGGCAGCAACAGAGCCUUCACCUAGAUUCGGUCAUAGAGGAGGAGGGACAGAACCUGAGUGUUGGUCAACGUUCUUUGGUCAGCUUGGCUCGUGCUCUGGUGAAAAAUUCCAAGAUAGUCGUACUUGACGAAGCAACAGCUGCUGUCGAUCUCGAGACCGAUUCUAAGAUCCAGCAGACGAUACAUCGAGAAUUUCAAGGCAAAACGCUCCUUUGCAUCGCUCAUAGACUUCGAACUAUCAUUUCGUGGGACAGAAUCCUUGUGAUGAACGCAGGGCAAAUCGAGCGGGCAGUUCAAGCAUAG